UGUCGCCCGCAGUGGUGCUGGUUAUGAUGGACAGAUAUGCAGUGAAUGUGAACAGACUGGAUGAAGAUGAAGAUACAGAUGAGGAAUGGAGCUUCUCUGUAGAUGAAACAUGGCUUUGAGCAGAUCUGAUCUGUAAGGUCACUGCCGGUCAGUCAGACACUGGUUCGGCCGGUUUGAGCGGACAGUAGUGACAGUAGCUACAUGAUCUCAGAUCCUCACCAGCACUUGUUCACACUGUAAGUGUUCUGAGGCUGCACUGAUGUCUGAGCAGGCUUUAGUGGGCAGCAGCUCCAAUGAGAACAUUUCGGUCCUCAGCAGAGUGACCAAAGCCGACCUGGAGGCUCUAGAGGAGCUCAGGAGGAAGCUCAAAUACUUCUUCAUGAGCCCGUGUGAGAAGUAUCGGGCCAGAGGACGCAAGCCAUGGAAGCUAAUGCUCCAGAUCCUGAAAAUCGCCAUCAUCACCGUUCAGUUGAUUUCUUUUGGGCUGAGUAAUGAGAUGAUGGUGACGUUCACAGAAGAAAACCUCAUCUCUUUCAAGCAUCUUUUCCUCAAAGACUAUCAGGACAGAGACAGUGUUCAUACCAUCUACACAAAGAGCCAAGUGCACGACCAUAUCAACUACGUCAUUAUGAGGUACCUGACGCUGCAGAAUGUGACAGUGGGGAACCACGCGUUUGAGAGGACCCACGGAGUCUUCACUCCACUCUCUCUCUGCCAAGAGUUCUAUCGCCAUAGCAGCAUCUCCCCCAGCAACGAGACCUUUGACAUCGACCCACACGUGGAGAAAGAGUGUGUUUACAUUUACCCGAUGAAACCCUUCCAGAAUGAAGCUUUUCCAAACGUCACCAACUUCACUCUGGACUUCAAAAGGCUGUUAGCUGUCAACAUCUUCCUGAAGGUGAAGGCCAUUAACCUGCAGACCGUCCGGCACGAUGAGCUGCCUGACUGCUACAACUUCAGCAUCAUGAUCGACUUUGAUAAUCGAGCUCAGAGUGGACAGAUCAAAGUGUCUCUGAACAGCGAGGUGGAGAUCAGUGUGUGUAAAGACUGGAACGUCUCCGGAUCCAAUGCGGUCAGUCACUUCCUGAUGAUGGUUCUGUUUGACUCCCUGGUCAUUCUGUCCUGCCUGCUCUCUUUGAUGCUGUGCAUUCGUUCUGUCAUUUCCGGAGUCCAGCUGCUGUCUGAAUACUCCCGGUUUGUCUCCGCCCACCGCAGGCGGUCAGUGUCAUGGUCAGAGAGAAUGGAGUUUAUUAACGGCUGGUACAUCCUCAUCAUCAUCAGCGACACCCUCACUGUUUCUGGAUCAGCACUCAAGAUAUUAAUACACAGCAAGGAGCUGACGAACUACAAUGUGUGCAGUAUUUUGCUGGGCACUGCUACCAUCCUGGUGUGGAUGGGAGUGAUGCGUUACCUGGGAUUCUUCCAGAAAUAUAAUAUACUGAUCCUGACCCUGCGGGCGGCGCUGCCCAGUGUAAUCCGCUUCUCUCUCUGCGCUGUACUGAUCUACCUCAGCUACUGCUUCUGCGGCUGGAUCGUCCUCGGACCUCACCACGAAAACUUCCGCACCUUCAACAUGGUGGCGUACUGCCUGUUCUCCAUGAUUAACGGAGAUGCCAUCUACUCCACCUUCACUAAGCUGCGCGAGCGGAGCUGGGUGGUGUGGCUCUUCAGCAGGAUCUACAUCUACAGCUUCAUCUCCAUCUUCACCUACAUGGUCCUCAGCCUCUUCAUCGCCAUCAUCACCAACACCUACGAGACUAUCAAGCAUCAGCAGCAGGACGGCGCGGUGUUCUCAGAGCUGCAGGCGUUUAUAGCGGAGAGCAGGAACGCUUCAUCCUCUGGAACGGACGACUCAGAGAAAGAGGAGGACUCGCCGGGCUGCCUCUGCCUCUGCGGCGGCGCAGACUGACUCACACCACUGCACGCCAACUACAUGCCAACUACAUACCACCUUAACACACCACUACGCGCCAAACUACACACCACUACACGCCAACUGCACACUAAUGACAUACCACCUUAACACACCACUACAUGCCAAACUACACACCACUACACGCCAACUG